AUAUCCCCCUAUAUAUCAUAUCUACAGGUCACAACAUUGUAGUGGCAUAUACAUUUAAAUUUAUUCAUUUGGCAGAAGCUUUUAUCCAAAGCGACUUACAAGUAGAAGAUCAUAUAACAUAUUUUUAAAAUCAUUAAACAAUCUAUUAAAGAUUACAACGUGGUCGUACACCAGGCCAGCAGAUGGCAGUAACGUACCACGUGUUCUGUCUGUACCCGCUGUAGAGUUAGAUCAGUACUGCAUGACAGGCGCUCAGAGUAAUAAAACAGCACUGCAAAUCAUGGAACAAAUACCUUUCCUAAAGGUCAGAAAUAACAGGUAGAGUUCAGGCCUGUUGCUGCUUCAAUACCCAUCUGAAAUCACAAUGUCAUUUGGUAAGGCUGCUGUCAGGGUGGUCUAUUUAGGCAGGAUUUCCUACCACAAUGCCUUUAAGAUACAGCAACACCACAUCAAGCAACACUUUGAUUCGUCUAAUAGCAGCCCAAACACUUUAUUACUGUGUGAACACGAGCCUGUGUACACCAUUGGCAUCAGACAGGCCCCCUACCCUCCUGAAGAGGAACAAAGACUGAAAAACCUGGGCGCAGACUUCUGCCGUACAAACCGAGGAGGUCUGAUAACUUUUCAUGGGCCUGGUCAGUUAGUGUGUUAUCCUGUCCUGAAUCUGGGCUGCUUUAAAAAGAGUGUAAGAUGGUAUGUGUGUGAACUGGAGAGGACUGUCAUCAAUACAUGCAGCAAAUUUGGAAUCAAAGCCUCUACCUCUCCAGAUACAGGUGUCUGGGUUGGCAAUAAUAAAAUAUGUGCAAUUGGUAUCCAUUGCGGAAGAUACAUAACCUCCCAUGGUUUGGCUCUCAACUGCAACACAGACAUGAGUUGGUUUGACAACAUCGUGCCAUGUGGGCUUGUGGGUAAAGGCGUGACAUCACUGAGUCGAGAGCUGGAGCGGGAUGUUUCAACUGAAGAAGCCAUUCCAAAACUACUGGAAGCCUUUAGUGAACAGUUUAAUUUAUAACGAUAGCAUCAUGUAAAUGUAUUUUAUUAUUAAAAAUAAUUUUAAAUCUG